AUGCGUGAGGAGUCAGAGCGUCAUUUUGAAAUGAUUAUGAACAGACCAAGUGUUGAGGAAAUGAACAAGCCUUCAUAUAUUGGUGGAUGUCUUCCUAUUUGGGGAAUCAUUUAUCUGGAUUUUGUUGAUAUUGAUUUUAUUGAUAAUCAUCAGUCAACCGUGGAUUAUUCUCUUCCUCGGAUAUCUCAUGUUAAGACUGAAGAUUUCAAGUAUCUCGCAUUGGUUGAUAGGAAUUAUGAGUCUAGGAAAAAAAUUGGGGUUUUACCAGUAAGCCUCUAA